UUACUGCUUUUCCCGCUCCUUUAUUCUUUCUGUGCUCGCCUUUGUUUCUCGCGCUGCUCUUGCGCGCUUUUUCCGCGCGUUAUGGGGCGCGCUACGCUCCAGGCUGCGCUGCUGCUGCUCUUCGCUACUGCGACUGCGUGGGGUCUGUUCCCCAACAAAGAUGGAAAUGUUUGCAGUAUCUCUCGGCAAGCUGUCUGUGGAGAUAAGUGCAUUCCUUUGACCUGGCUUUGUAAUGGAGAGCAAGACUGCCCUGAUGGUUCAGAUGAGCAUUGUGAGGAAGGAUGUCAUGAUCCAAAUGCAUGGCAGUGCAAAGAUGGAAGCUGCGUUUCUGCUACUUGGCUUUGUGAUGGCAUCAGUGAUUGCAUGGAUGGCUCAGAUGAAGAGAAUUGUGUUUGUGGAGAGAAAGUUCCAUGCCGAGGAAAUAAGCAGUGCAUUGAUCCCUGGAAAGUAUGUGAUCAGCAUAAAGAUUGUGAAGAUGGUUCUGAUGAAGCAAACUGUCCCCCGAAAAACUGCCUGGCUGGACAGUGGCAGUGCAAGAACAGAGUGUGCGUUAUGGAGGACUGGAAGUGCAAUGGCAUAGACAACUGCGGUGACCACUCGGAUGAAGAUGGUUGUGCUGCCUGCCCAGAAGGAAUGAUCCAUUGUGAUAAAGGGAAAUGCAUUAUGGAAUCUCUAAUGUGCAACGAAGUGAAAGACUGUUUAGAUGGCACCGAUGAACCCAGCACCUGCGGUAAGAACUGCACUCUGAACAAUGGAGGCUGCAUGCAGAUGUGCACUGAGGCUCAUUGGGGUGCGAGGUGUUCCUGUGGUCCUGGCUGGAAUCUUCAUGGCAAUGGUCAAGACUGUACAGAUGUUGAUGAGUGUGCAAUGGCUUACGGUCCUUGUAGCCAGUUAUGCAAGAACACAAUAGGUUCUUUUACCUGUGACUGCGUUCAUGGGUACUGGCUCUCCAACGGAACUACUUGUAGGACUUCAGAUGGUGAUACAAAAAUACUGCUGGCUGUUGGUCAUGAUCUUGCUGUCCUGGAUGUAAAAACUCGUGAAUUGAAAGUUCUAAUGUCUACAAGGACAUCACUCAGCUCUGUUGCCUACGACUUGUUAAGGAAAGCCUAUUACUGGGUUGAUGAAGGAAGAAAGCUUCAUAUCUAUGUGCCAGGGAAAAAUGAGAUGCUUCUGUAUCCAGAUGUUGGCAGUGUCAACAGUAUAUCUGUAGACUGGUUCACAGGGCAGUUAUAUUGGACCAGCAGUGCCCCUGGCGCCAUCUUUGCUGGCUUGAGUGAUGGCAGAGGCUACGUAAAGAUCCUGGAGAAGAACGUGUUGCCAGAACAAAUAGCUACGUUUCCAGAAAAAAGCUACCUGUAUUGGGUGAAUCGUGAACAAGGCAGGACUGUAAUCGAAGCUGCGGGGAUGGAUGGUUCAGACAGACACGUACUUGCAACCGUAACCGCUGAAGAACCUGUUGGAUUGACUCUUGAUCAUAUAACAAGUAGAUUGUACUGGAUCAGUGCGUAUAAAAAGUCCAUAGAGACUAUCAAGGCCGACGGCACUGGCAGGUACACUUUCCCAGAGAAGCUGCUGAAAGCACAGGCCUCUCUGGGACUCGCUGUGUUUGAGAAUUUGUUCAUUUGGGCAGACAAAGAGCAAUUGCUCUCUGCAUCCCGCACCUCCCCAGGUUUCAGUGUGUUGCUGAACUCUUCAGUGUCUUCAUUUACAGUACUGCAUGAGCUACUGCAGCCUCAAAGUAACACAGCUGCCUGUGCACCUGGAUUGUGUAGCCAUAUCUGCCUUUUGUCACCUGUUCAUCCCAAGGGCUACAGGUGUGCCUGUCCAGAUGGCACUUUCCUCCUGCCUUCAAACCAGUGUGCAGUGCUGAAUGUCUUGUAUUCUACCAACAAGCAAAUCUACCAGCUCGAAGUUGGCCCAAAGGGGACAGUGUUGCAGCAGCAUGCAGUGAUUCAGGAGUGGCCAGAAAACGUCUACUUCCAGGACAUGGACUGGAGCAGGGGAUUCAUCUACUGGACUGAUGACAAAGGAGAACUGAUGCGCUUCACUAAAGAGACGAAAGCAAAACUAAUAAUUCCUACAGGUUCGCCAGUCUGUGAAGCGACUGUUGAUGUAACUUCUGGGGACCUAUAUUGGCUAACCUGCAGCAGAACUGAAAUUAAGGUUACUAGUUUUGCUGGCAUGACGACGAAGGUUCUCUAUCGUGCGGAGGCUGCUAUAUGGCACCUGUUCCUAGACUGGAAGAGAGCAUCGUUGUACUGGCUAGAAAGUGGGAAACCGAUUCAGAGGCUGAACCUUGAUGGAAGCAGUAUCGAAGAAGUGGGGAAGGAAGCCUGGGCAGAAGAUCUUCCAGUCACCUUGGACAUAAGCUCGGGUAGCUUCCUCUGGGCUUCCAAAGACUUGGGGCUGAAGGUGCUGAACCUCAUCACACACAAGACAUACAAUAUAAAAGAGAGUUGGACCCAUGGCGUGGCAGCUGUAUAUGGACCUUACCUGGUGACAUUCAACAAAACAACUGUUGUGGUCUGGAACAGAAGAUCAGGGGUGCCCUCUGCUGUGCAAGUAGCCAAUGUACAGAAAGCAAUUAUGAUCUUUGACACGAAUUUGACAACAGUGCGUUCUGUUCCUGUUACAAAGCCUGCUGUCAUAAGCACUGCUUCAUCAACUACUAGCCAUACUACUUCAGCUGCAGCAGCAAGACCAACAGCACAGACUACAGCAUCAAGGACAACAGUGCAGACUACUACACCUACAACAACACCCAUGACCACCACAAGGGCAACAACAACCACGACCACCACAAGGGCAACAACACCCACGACCACCAAGACCACAACAGUACCAAAUGCAACCAAUACCACUGUCUUGACAACUGUGCCCUGUGGGUGGGCUGAACUUCCUUGCCUAAAUGGGCAGGGAUGUGUGUCCUUUGAAUAUGUCUGUGAUGGAGAAGAGGAUUGCAUGGAUGGGUCCGAUGAAGACUACUGUUCCCUAAUUUGUGGUGAACCAGGAAGCUUCCGGUGUCAAAGUGGAGACAAAUGCAUUCGCGAGAGGUUCCUUUGUGAUGGGAUUCCACAUUGUCCCGAUGGCUCGGAUGAAGCCAGCUGCUGGGCGCCAACUCCAGAGUGUGCCUUGCGCUGCGAUAACAACAUGCGCUGUGUGCCUGAGAGUUGGUUAUGCGAUGGGAGCCCUGACUGCAGCGAUAGUGCCGAUGAACAGGGCUGCGUUCAUGCAAAGUGUACUGAACAGGAAUUCCAGUGCAGAAGUGGCCAGUGCGUGUCAUACUCCCUGCACUGCGAUGGAGACCGUGACUGUAAGGAUGGCUCAGAUGAAGUAGGCUGCCCAGCAGCCCCCAAACUACAUUUCUGCCAUUCGGAUGAAGUCAAUUGCCCUAAAAGUGGAGAGUGCAUCCUCAAAGAAUGGCUCUGUGAUGGCGAUAAGGACUGCAAAGAUGAAUCUGAUGAACAGGACUGCAGUUUUCCAGAGCACAAGUGUGGUGACAACCAGUGGCAAUGCAGAAGUUCCGAGUGCAUCCCAGACCUAUGGUACUGUGACGGGCAGACAGACUGCAGAGAUAGGAGUGAUGAGACUUCCUGCAAGCCGAGGAAAUGCCUGGGCUAUGAAUUCCAGUGUGGCGAAACCUGCAUUAAUUACACUCUGGUGUGCAAUGGGAGACCAGACUGUCAAGGUGGAAUGGAUGAAGGCAGGAAUUGUGCUCUUGCAUGCCGGCGGUCAUGCUCCCAGAUCUGCUACAAGUCUCCGAGCGGGCCUAAAUGUGCUUGCUACGAAGGAUACCGGCUAAGGAGCGACAGGCGCUCCUGCAAAGAUAUCGAUGAAUGUAAAGAGCUGCCGGAGGAGAAAUGCAGCCAGACUUGUGUCAACACAGAGGGAAGCUAUAUGUGCACUUGCCACCCUGGCUACUUGCUGGAACCAGAUGGCCACACCUGCAAAGUAGUUGGCUCUGAGCCGAAGUUGCUUGUUGCAGUUCAGUUCAAUUUGAUCCUAUAUGGAUUAAGGAGCCUGAGAGAAGAUGUUAUAUUGACCACUGAGAAGGACCUUAUUAUCUUUUCUAUCGACUAUGACUUGGUGGAGCAGAAAAUCUUCUGGAUGGACCUCAAUGCAGAAAGUAUUAAGUGGAUGAACAUGAGAAACAAGGAAAGGGGGACUCUAGUUAAAGGAAUCAAAUCGGAUUGCAUAGCAGUAGACUGGGUAGGAAGAAAUCUUUACUGGACAGAUGGGAUGGCAGGACAGAUCUUGGCUACGCAGCUAAAUGGUAAAUGGAGAGGAAUUCCUGAGCACACCGUGGUUCUUGAUUACCUGGAUCAGCCGCGGUCACUCGCACUCCACCCGUUGGAUGGGCUAAUGUAUUGGUCUGCAAUAGGGGAUGACUCCAAAAUAGAGCAAGCUGGUAUGAAUGGAAGCAGCAGAUCGGUACUACUUGAUGGGCUUGGCUGGCCCACCAGCAUAACCCUUGACCUCUUGAGCUGGAAAAUAUUCUGGUCUGAUGACAAGUUUCACUACAUUGGGUCAGCCUACUUGGAUGGCAGUGGUAUGAAGGUGUUUGAGCUGAAUGAAAUUCAUAGUCCCUUUGCAGUGACUGUCUUUGAGGAUUACGUUUAUUGGUCUGAGAUGAAAACAAGGACAGUACAGAGACUACACAAAAGGACUGGCAAGGAUAGAUCUGUCCUUAUCAAGCGUCACGGGCAACCAUAUGGACUUAAGAUCCUGCACGAAGUUCUUCAGCCAGGAGCCCCCAACCCGUGUGUGGGAAAUGGCUGUUCCCACUUGUGCCUGUUGAACCCAGACAAAAGAGGGAGCUGCGGCUGCCCAGUUGGACUCGUGCUUUCAAACGAUGAAAAGACCUGCGUUCCUCUGAAGGAGACGGCAUUCAUGUUUCUGGUUGCACAAGCCUCUGUUACUCAGGUCUACCUAAAGAAACUGCGUUCCGUUUCGGGGCAGCUGACCCCUAUCCACAACACCCUCCCCAUGACCAGCGUCAACCACUUGGCAGCAGUAGACUACUCUGUACGUGACAAUGCACUUUACUUCUCGGAGUCUGAAGGUGGCGUCAUAAAGGUCCUAGCUAUGAAGGAUGCUGGGAGAGUUGCACUGAAGGAAGUCCUGCCGGUCAAGGGCACCGUGAUCUCACUAGCUCUUGACUGGCUGAGUGGCAACAUCUACUGGAUUGACAGCAAGCACCCAUCGAUCCAAGUAGCAACUUCAGAUGGGAGAUACACACUUGUGCUGAUCAGCGAUGGGCUGUCCCAUCCAACUUCUGUAGUUCUGCAUCCCCCAACUGCGGCUAUGUGCUUUGUCGACUCUGGUAAUGAACACAGUGCCCUUGGUCCCACAAUAGAAUGUUCUUCCAUGGAUGGGAGCAAGAGGAACGUUCUCUGGACGACAUCACAGACUCCAGUGGGUUUAACAAUAGUAGAUUAUGGCACCCAGGUCUACUGGGCUGACCAAGCAAAAGGCACUGUGGAAAGCAUUCGGAUGGAUGGCACUCGGUACAGGCUCAUUCGUUCUGGGCUGCGUGGCCUUACGCUCUUCACAGCCGGGGAGGGGAUCAUGGUCUGGACAACAACGGCACGCAAUGGUGCAACGAAGGUGUGGCACAGCAGACUGGAUGAAUUGGAAAACUGGUGGUUUAAAGAAGAGCAGAAACUUGUGGAUAUAAAGAUCUACAGCAAACUCAACCAAAAAGGUAGCAAUGGCUGUUCGGAAAAGAAUGGUGGAUGCAGCCACAUUUGCUUGCCAGUUCCGCAAGGGAGAAGUUGCAGGUGCAUAACUGGGUAUGUUCUAGAGCAUGGUACUAUAUGCACCAAGCCACGAUGCUCGGAGCCACUCCAGGCCUGCAAGGAUAACAGCAAAUGUAUUGCAAAAGAGCAAGUUUGUGAUGGCAGCAUUGAUUGCUCUGAUGGAUCAGAUGAGAGAGACUGCAACAACACUCUCAAGAAGAAGCCCCAGCCCACAUACCAACCUUCCACACUGCUGCAAACCAAACCCUUUCUUGUAAAGAAAAACACAGUGGCACCCAUCAAAACCACCACCAAGAAGCAUACUGAUGGAACUGCACAUGUAUGGCCAGAAGUAAAAGAAUACACGAGGAGGAGGAGUACUACUGCAACAGCAGCAUGGGCGUUCGAGCCAAGCAGAAGCCAGAAGACCACAUUACCUCCCAAAAAGAAAUGGAAAGAAUCUUCUCUGGUGCAGGGAAUCGUGAAAAGUGGCCUGGAGUCACAACCUUGCAGCAGUGAGACGUGUAACAGGAGAGGGGACUGCACUUUGGAGGGCGAUAGAGUGAAAUGCAUCUGCACACUGGGCUAUAGUGGAGACUACUGUGAAGAGGAGGAGGAGCAGUCUAGGGCGGGUCUUGUUCUGGGCAUCAUUUCCAUCCUACUAAUGGCCAUGGCGGCGGCAGGGACCUUUGUCUACUUCAGGAAGCAAAGAACGCGGCAAAGGACUUCAAGUACAUCAUCAACUGGACCGCUGGCUAGCUACCAGAAGGACAGUGACAAAGAAGACAAUUUCGUUGAAGAUGAAACCUGUAUCAAUGCAGCUUAUGACCCCGAGCAGGAAUUGUCGACUCCAAUGAAGACAGGCAUGGGCACAGACUCGUAAAGCAAACAAAUAAAUGAUUCACAGUAGA